AUGGCCUCGCGGCUGUUGUCCGCGCUGCGGAAGGGCCAUGACACGCUGCUGGAGGCGCUGCAGGAGGUUGGUGGACUUGAGGAGCUUCCUGAGGAGGACUGUGGAGAACUGGGGCGAUGUAGCCUGCUGAUCCACGCAGCCUACGCGGGCGAUUGCCAGGCUGUUGAGACCUUGGUCUCGCAUGGCGCCGACUUUCGGAGCCUCAGCGGUGCAGGCGGCAGUGGGUCAGUGGGGAACUGCAUCGACUGGCUCUGCUGGCGACAGGAGCCACGCGUGGCACAGACCCUGGAGCUGCUGCUGGCGCGCUGGGCGGAGCAAUUCUCAGAGGCGGAGGUGAAGACCAUGCUGAAUACUCCGCGCCAUCUAAGCCGGACGCCUUUGAUGAACGCGGUCUUCGCGCCCAACGUGGCCUCGACGGAGGUCCUCCUGCGGCACGGGGCGGAUGCGGCUUAUGCCGGGGAGGAUGGCUCGUGCGCGCUGGAUCUGGCUGCGCAGUUGGGUGGUAGCAGGGGAAGCAAGCUGGUGCAGAUGCUCCUCGAGGCCCAUGCAGACCCCAACGUGGGCAGCAUUGGCCCGCUGUUCCUGGCGGCGCAAGAAAACUCUGAGACGUCUGUGAAGGCUCUGCUGGCAGCCAAAGCGCGGCCAGGCGGCCUUGGUUUCGAUGGUCCGGGCGGCAAAGACCGAGAAGCCUUGACGACACCAGUGGAGUGCGCGGCGCGCUUCGGCUUUCUGCGCGUUCUGAAGCUCCUGCUGGCGGCCGACGGGGCUCCCCGAGGUCUGGACUUGAAGCUGGCUCUGACCUUGGCGCAAGAGGCCGGUCACAGCGAUGUGGAGCGGAUCUUGCUCCGCGCCGGCGCGGCGCCCGAUGCGAAGCGCCCCGCGGACGCGGACGCGCUGGAGGAAGCGCUGCUGUUGCCGGAAGGCUUUGUGCCGGGGCAAGCGGACAGUGAAGAAGUGGAAGGUCAGAUUCAGGUGGAAGAGGUGGAUGGCUCCUAUCGCCUGCGCUUUCCGGGGCCGAGCCACUUGACGGCGAGCAGCGCAACGCCGGCGCGGAUGUGCGCGGCGCAUGAUUCCUUCUACUACGAAGUCUUGGUCGAGGAGCUGGAUCUCUUAGUGGCUUUGGGCUUCGCACGGCAAGCCUCCACGCCCCUCCACACGCUGCCGGGCUGGACGAAGGGCACCUAUGGCCUUCACAGCGAUGAUGGGCUGCUGCAGGCGAAUACGGCGACCACACGCUUGCUGCAAGGCUGGGUCAUCAAGAAAGGCAGCACUGUGGGGAUGGGUGUGGAAUGGUCUUCUGAGGAUGAAGAGUAUCAGCUCUUUGUGACCUUGGAGGGACGGCGCCAAGCGAGAACGGUGCCUUUGGCAGAUGACAGGAGCGAGUCCUUUGACCUCUAUCCUCUGGUGGGUGCCGAUCGCCCAGCUGUUCUGCUGGUGAACCUGGGUGCUUUUCCCUUCCUCUACAGCGACCCGCGACACCUCGCGGCGCUGGCCAAGCGAAAGGCCGCACGGGCAGAGUCGACUGCCAAGAAACUGAAGUUGCGAGAAGCACAAGAGCUCCACAAGCAGAACCGCCCGGAUGCUGCUGCCUGGAGGUUCUUAAGCUUGGCGGAGGCCGGCCAUGAGGUGGCGCAGAUGAACGUGGCGCAGCUCUUGGACUCCGGUGCUGCAUCUCUGCUGCUGAACUCGAGCCAGCCCAUGCCGCUGAAAGCCAUCGAGGACCCGCGGCUGCUGGGCCGCGCCUGGGCGCAGCGGCACUACGAGCUCUCGGCCGAGCAGGGCAACGCCUUUUCGGAGCUGCGCCUCGGGGACUUCGCCUACUAUGGUUGGGGGCUUCGUUUUCACGAGGAGGAUGAAGUCAAUGGCAGCUGGCUCACGCAACAGGAAUCGGACUUGGAGCUAUCUCUGGCGCAUUACAGGCGCACGGCGCAGAUGCGCAUCUCGGGGGAGUGGAUGCAGUCCUUCGUGGCCAGGGCCAGCUUCAAUUUGGGCUUCAUGUACCAGUUCGGCAUUGGAGUUGAGCAAGACCUUCCCAUGGCCGGUCGUUUUUACGGCCAAGGAGCAGAAGCGGAUCCAGGAGGUGUGCAAACACCCAUCACCAUCAUGUCUACUGUGCUUAGCUUUCAGAGCUACCUCGUGGGGAGCUGA